CUAACUUUACCCAGCUGUUCGAUUCCUCUCGUUGAUGAUAAUUUAUUAUCUAACUGUCAAAGUGAAGCGAAUGAUAUAUAUUGACAAACUUUGAUUAAUCGUAAUAAUGCAAUUUAUUCUUUAGUGACAUUCCAUGUAGUUUAUUCGCUUCAUAAUGUUUGAACUGCCAACGGAAUUGACAGCUAAGCCUUUAGCUCUGAUAGGUUUGACUGGAUUAGACAUUACAAAUCAAGUGCACCGCUCUAUUUGGGAUGCAUUCAGCAAUAAUCGUAGACCAGAUUGUGCAGCUGUGCAGUUUAAACUGCUCAGUUUGUCACAUGAAUUUCCCACUGUUAAACCUAAGCGUAGUUCAUAUGAAUGGUAUAUACCUAAAGGGAUUUUAAAAAGAAAUUGGAUGAACAAGUAUCUCAAUGAUAUUCCUUCUGUAGUUGUUGUAUUCUAUGAUUUGGAUUGGAAUGAUCCUUUGUGGAAUGAAAAAAAGAUGGAAUGUGCCUCUAGAGUACAAUCUUUAAGAGCUGCCCUUGAUGGAAGAAGUACAAAAAUAGCUGUAGUAUUGAUCCAACAUGCUCUUCAACCACUUCCUGGUGCUGAGGAUGUGGUUGCAACUGAACGUGCAACAGCAUUGUGUGGAGCUUGUGAUUUAACUGCAAAGUUUUUAUAUAUUCUACCACAUGCCGAUCAUUUAUUGGGAUAUAUAUCUAGGUUAGAGACAGCAUUCUAUGAUUUGGCACAAAACUUUUAUUAUCACGAAUAUCGAAAUGUUAAAAGUCAUCGUGAUCAACUUACUAAAAAUGUUCAUCAAUAUUUAUUUGUUCGUCAUCAAUUUAAAAUGGCAUUCUUGAAUGAACUAAAGCAGGAAUUGCAUCUUGCUCAAAAGCAUUAUAUGCAAGCUUAUCAUAAUUUAUUAGAAACAAGAAUGACAGAUGCAAAUGCGGUAGAAAUAAAAACCAUCGCUGGUUUUAUAAAUUACAAGUUAUGCAGAAUAAUGUUUAGCUUAAAUCUUCCGAAAGAUGCUAUUUCUCAGUUUAGACUUCAUACAGAAAGAUUUAAGCUAAAAACUGGUCCAAAGGAGCUUAUGUUUGAACAUCAUGCAUGGAUGAGUAGUCAGUUCUCUACAUUUGCGGAAUUGUUUGAUGAAGCUAUUCGCCAAGGGUUACCUGCUGUUCAAACGCAACAUCCGGGAUAUUAUUUCCAACUAGCUGCCAAUCAUGCAAGUUUACGACAGUCUGCAUGUAAAGAACUCUGUCAAGAUGUAAAUAACUAUCCAGAUCCUGAUCCAUUAUUAGGUGAAGAGAAACUUGAGUUUUAUGGGCAGCGACCUUGGCGGCCAGGGAAACUAAGUGCAGAACCUGCAGAUACAGCCAAAGAAGUUACUGGUAUACAGGCUUUACAAUACAGAGAGAAAACUACAGUUAAUCAUUCUAUGAUAAUUAUUGGCUUAUUAGGAAACGCAAUAUCGCAAUUUAAGGUGUAUCGUUGUCCCAGAAUGCGCCGAUUAUUAGUCGUGCAAAUGGCAGAGGAAUACUUCAAUGCUCGGGAUUAUGGCAAAGUUCUUACAUUAUUGAUGCACAUGUUGUGGGAAUAUCACGGAGAACGAUGGCCGGUCUUACUCACAGAUAUCUUGAAGAAUGCACUGCGAGCCGCAUAUCUAUCGACCAGUAUUCAAGAUUACCUCACUCUGGUUCUCGAAGCUCUAGGACCCUCAACUACAUUUUCAAAGGACCAGCAAGCUGUUAUUUAUAAUAAUGUUAUGAAUAUACUACAGAAAAAACCACCACAUCCAGAACCAGAUUUGCCGGAUGAUAUUAAACAUCUUGCAAUGGAAAAAUGGAUAUCAGAAUUAAGUCGCCCAGAACCAAACAUUUUUACGAUUGACGACAACAAUAUGACAUCAUUUGUUGAUGUUAAAGCACGAUUCUUGCAACAAAUGUAUGCAGUGAAUACAAUGAUAACAGUCGAAGUUAUAAUAAGAAAUUCUUAUGGUGGUAUCAUUGAAUUUUCUAAUAUAUCGAUAACAAUUAGUGGUCCAGGUUACAACACUGAAAUUCCAAUUAGUGAUGUUCAACAAUGCAAUCUUAUUUUUCAAGCAAAAGAAACAAAAAAGUUUUACUUCAAUUUUAAAGCACCUCAUCAAAAUGAUGGCGCGGAAAUUCGUAUUAGCACAGUUUCAUUGCAAAUGGGUGAUAGUGCGCGCUGUUGUAUUAUAUUGAGAUUCUCAGCUAUGGGUAGAGAAACGAGUCUAUUGGAUCGUCUGUAUCCCGAGAUACAACAAUUUCGUGGAGGAGAAUUUGAGGCAAUAAGACCAUUAAUUCAUGCAGAAAUCAAGCAGGAAGAAUCAAGUUUAAAUCUGAACGCAGAAUCGAAUAAUCCUGCGCUUUUAGGCGAGUGGCUACCCAUCACGAUAUCCCUAUCAGCUAAUGAGAAUGUUAACGCAAUCUGUUUACAUGUAAUACUUGUAUCAGAGGGUACUAAUGAGCAAUCAACUGAAUUAAGCAUAAACAUGCUUAAUAAGGAGUCAAAAAUAUCAAUUUCCAUUAGUGAUAUGACAAAAGAUUCAUUAAUCAAACAUAUUGUAUACAUUAGAGCACAUAAAGUAGGCGAUAGAAAUAUUAUAAUAAAGGCAGACUACUGUAGACCUGAACAAAUUAAGGGGAGUAAAGAAUUAAUGUAUUCGUUGGCAGUUAAGAAGCCAUUUGAAGUUGCGACACAAUUUUACACAACGUUAUUUGAACCACUAACAAAAGGAUUUAUUAAUGAACCCUUUAUUAUUAUGCCCCAUAUUACGUGUGUUUCCCCAUGGGCUAUAAAAAUUCUAAGCACAUCUAUAGAAUUGGCGGACUCUAUUCAAACAGAGAACAAUCUCGAUGAUCAGAAGUCCAUUUUAGCAGAUGUCAAACUCUGCGAUGGUGAAACUGGAACUGAUACCUAUUGCUUGAUUCCAAAGACAGGUGGUGAACAACCUAUUAGUAUUGGAAUAUAUACUAUCAAAUGGAAAAGAGCGGACGACGAAACCGCGCUGGAAACUAGUAGCAGUGUAACUCUAGCUCCUUUAUGGGUCGAGGAUGCGGUGAUCGGAUUAGAAGCCAAAAUGCCAGCACACGGAUGGGUUCGCACGCCGUUUUGUAUUUCGUAUUUUAUAAAAAAUCAUUCUGAUUAUCUCAUCACUUUGCGCUUGGCUAUGGAAGGCAGCGAUGCCUUUAUGUUUGCUGGACAAAAACAGAUUAAUAUUUAUAUAUCGCCGAAAAAUGUGAGAAAAGUGGAUUGGGUUUUACGACCACUUGUUGCUGGUUUUGUAGCUCUUCCAACAUUGUCGCUAACUGUACCUGCAGACGAAGAACACAAACUAGGUAAAGGACGAUUAUCAGAGGUGGUUGAACGUUCGUUGCCAAGUCAUAUAUAUAUACUGGAUUUGGAGAUAUCUAGAGCACGUCUGAGAACUUACGCAUCUUAUACGCCUACGGAUGCGGAAUUGCAGCAGAUUUCAUCGACCUAUCGGAAUCAUCUUCGUAGAAAUACGCAAACGGCUGCGAGAACAGAUGCUUCAAAUAAAGCAAAAGGACUGAUCCGAAAACAGAACCGUGUGACGUGUGGACCCGGAACCUUACCGUGAUAAUACCUUGGCGGAUUGACGGAUCUGUUUCAUUUUGACACCACGCGAAAGAGCUUCUCGAGGAAUUAUGCGUAAAGGAGAUGCGUAAGCAAGUGACGAACAGUGUCCACCUGUCUCCAG